AUGGCUGCCGGCAUGAAUUAUCUGCCCGGGAGAAGAAAGAGACCGACUCUGCAGAAUUAUUCCAUUCAACACAGCCCCGAUGGGCUGGGGGACUUCGUGGAGUACAGGCGGACACCGGCACAAAAGGCUACGUCCUAUGAGGACGAAGAGGCCGCCAAUGGCCCGGAGGUGCAGCCGUUUUCUUUUGCUUGCGAGCUCGCCCACGGCAGCAAACAGGUUCGCGUCUCCGGAUUUACCAGUAUACCGGACUUGUAUAAGAGGAUAGCGGAGCUGUUCAGAAUUGAGGAGAGAAACGUGAGUGUUUAA